AAUCGACCAAUCAACUGCUUUUCUGCUCUUUUCUCAUCUUCUGUGGGAAUCGGGUCUGACGUGGGUAAGAUUAUCUCACAGUGCACGUCUUUUUUACAAAAUUUUGCUAAAAGAAUGGCAGGCCAAUGGAUACGUCAAGUUAUCUCCCCCAAAGUUGGGGUUCGACUUUAUAGCAGUAAAGUUCAGAAAUGCACUCUUAUCCCUGGAGAUGGAAUCGGACCCGAAAUUUCCGCAGCAGUUCAGAAGAUCUUCGAAGCUGCCAAGGUACCUAUAGAAUGGGAGACAGUGGACGUGUCCCCAGUUAGAGGACCAGAUGGCAGAUUCGGAAUCCCGCAAGCGGCGAUUGAUUCAAUUAAUAGAAACAAAGUUGGCCUGAAAGGCCCUCUAAUGACUCCAAUAGGAAAAGGUCACAGAUCUUUAAAUCUCGCUCUCCGAAAAGAGUUUAAUUUAUAUGCAAACGUCCGGCCAUGUCGUUCUCUCGAAGGAUACAAAACUCUUUAUGAUAACGUAGAUGUUGUCACGAUCAGAGAAAACACUGAAGGCGAAUACUCUGGUAUUGAACAUGAAAUCGUAGAUGGGGUUGUACAAUCUAUCAAACUUAUUACUGAGGAAGCGUCGAGCAGAGUUGCUGAGUAUGCUUUCCAGUAUGCUACGGAAAAUAAUAGGAAAAAGGUGACAGCAGUACACAAGGCCAACAUAAUGAGAAUGUCUGACGGUCUUUUCUUGAAGUGCUGUCGACAUGCUGCAAAAAGAUUUCCAAAUAUUAAAUUCGAGGAGAGAUAUUUAGAUACCGUGUGUCUGAACAUGGUGCAAGAUCCAAGUCAAUACGACGUUCUUGUCAUGCCCAAUCUUUAUGGAGACAUUCUCUCUGAUAUGUGCGCUGGUCUCGUCGGAGGUCUCGGGCUGACUGCUAGUGGAAACAUGGGUCUCAAUGGUGCUCUGUUCGAAUCGGUUCAUGGAACUGCGCCAGAUAUAGCAGGACACGACAAAGCCAACCCCACGGCUCUCUUGCUUUCAGCUGUGAUGAUGCUGAAACAUAUGGGACUCAAUGAUCACGCAAGGAUCAUCGAAACCUCUGCCUACGAAACCAUCAAAGAAGCCAAAUUCCUCACCGGUGAUCUUGGAGGCACUGCAAAGUGCAGUGAAUACACAGAACAAAUCUGUAAAAAAGUCUCUGCGCAGACAAAGUAAAACCCGCAUCGUGGCCUAAUUAGCCUAAUUAAUUGAAAACUGCCAAAUACUCGUAGAAAUCGUGUCGCAGGAGAGUUGAGUACUUGUUAUGAUUACUCUCUCGCCUUAUACGUUCUACGAAUGCAAUGAUUUUGCACAGUUAUUGGCAGAAUGAAAAAAUGGUUCCUGCAGUGCGAUAUAACCGUACUUGGAUUUGUCGAUUCAAAUCCUUUUAUUGUAGAUGACAUUAAAAUUAUUGGCAACCCUCUGUCAACUUUAAGUAGCAUUUAUAGAAUCAUUUUAUGCCAGUAGACUUGUCCAAAAAGCCGCGACUUUGCAUCGACUGAACGCUUAUCUUAUGCUUACUUUUAGCGUCUAUCAUUUCGUACGUCUGUUACCAUUUUACCCCCAGUAGAUAAAUUAUUGUCCACGGAUUAGCAGUGUAAAAAUAAUGUAGGAAAACCCAGUGUAUAAUAAUUUUAUUCUAUUCGUCACGCGAAACAUUUGUCCUCGAUUGAGAGAAUUAGGGACUGAUGUGUUGUGCAGUAUUACAAAUAAAUAAAAAUUAGAACUCCAA